GGUUACAACUAGGGGGAGACGUUGUACUCCACAGUUUUCAAAAUCAGGAAGCGCUCGAUAGAAAAAGUAUCGCACUCAAAGCGAAGUGUAGGCAGGCACAGAUAAUAGAAGGGACGCGUUCCUCUGCCCAAGCGUUGCUGACGUAUGCCAAACCUUACAACGUCUGGAUAGGUAUUUUAACUUUAACUAACCACAUCAUAUGUAAUAGUCAUCUGCUAGUCGAUGACCCAGUCGAUGAUGUCAAACGCAACCAUUGGUUAAUUCAUGUAACUUCUGCGCAGGGGAACGCGACCCAGAGUAUCGACGUACUUGAUAACCCGUGAACUCCGUGCCAAGAACAAUUCCUGGAUUCGGAAACUGACCAGGAAAAGUAAAAAGAAGAUUUGCAGUUCAUUUUUAUUCUGUUAUUUUGUUUUAUCGUUUCGGAGGAGACAAGUAUCACUUUGAAACGUUGGAGACUGAGGUUUAAAGUCCCGACCGAAAGAGACAGUCUUCCCUCUCCUCUGCACGCGUCGUUUGCCAUGGCUUUGACAACCUGUACCAGAUUUACCGACGAGUUUAAUCUCUACGAAGAGCUGGGAAAGGGAGCUUUCUCCAUAGUGAAAAGAUGUAUGAGGAUCUCCAGCGGACAGGAGUAUGCUGCCAAAAUCAUCAACACUAAGAAGCUAUCUGCUCGGGAUCACCAGAAGCUGGAAAGAGAGGCCAGGAUUUGUCGUCUGCUCAAGCACCCCAAUAUCGUGAGGCUCCAUGACAGCAUAUCAGAGGAGGGAUUCCACUACCUGGUCUUUGACUUGGUGACUGGUGGGGAGCUGUUUGAGGAUAUCGUAGCCAGAGAGUACUACAGCGAAGCAGAUGCCAGCCAAUGCAUACAGCAGAUUCUAGAAAGUGUAAAUCAUUGUCACCAAAGUGGUAUAGUUCACAGGGACAUGAAGCCUGAGAACCUGCUCUUGGCCAGUAAGCUGAAGGGCGCAGCGGUGAAGUUGGCAGACUUUGGCCUGGCCAUCGAGGUGCAGGGAGACCAGCAGGCUUGGUUCGGUUUUGCGGGAACCCCAGGCUACUUGUCCCCAGAGGUUCUGAGGAAAGACCCCUAUGGGAAACCUGUGGACAUGUGGGCCUGUGGUGUGAUCCUCUACAUUCUCCUGGUGGGCUACCCUCCCUUCUGGGACGAAGACCAGCACAGACUGUACCAGCAGAUCAAGGCUGGGGCCUACGACUUUCCGUCCCCUGAGUGGGACACGGUGACCCCCGAGGCCAAAGACCUGAUCAACAAGAUGUUGACCAUCAACCCUGCCAAGAGGGUCACCGCCACAGACGCACUCAAACACCCCUGGAUCUGCCAACGGUCCACCGUGGCGUCCAUGAUGCACAGACAGGAGACGGUGGAGUGCCUGAGGAAGUUCAACGCCCGGAGGAAACUCAAGGGUGCUAUCCUCACCACCAUGCUGGCCACACGCAACUUCUCAGCAGCCAAGAGCCUGCUCAACAAGAAAGCUGACGGCGUCAAGGAGUCCAGCGAGAGUGCUAACACCACCAUGGAAGAUGAGGACGUGAAAGCUCGUAAGCAGGAGAUCAUCAAAGUGACUGAGCAGCUGAUUGAGGCCAUCAACAAUGGAGACUUUGAAGCCUACACGAAGAUCUGUGAUCCCGGCCUGACAUCCUUUGAACCAGAGGCCUUGGGAAACCUAGUGGAGGGAACUGACUUCCACAAGUUCUACUUUGAGAACGCUCUGUCCAGGAGCAAGCAAGGGCCCGUCCACACCAUCCUGCUCAACCCCCACGUGCACCUGAUCGGCGAGGAUGCGGCGUGCAUUGCCUACAUCCGCCUCACCCAGUACAUGGACGCCAGCAGCAUGCCGCGCACCAUGCAGUCAGAGGAGACACGCAUCUGGCAGCGCCGUGACGCCAAGUGGCAGAACAUCCACUUCCACCGCUCCGGCUCACCCACUGUGCCCGCCAAGUAAGUUGAGAUGACGCCCUAUCCUGCAGCUGUUGCUGAUCUAUGGACCCCGCCUACCAAGUGUCUGUCACAUCCUCAUCCAAUCUCGGCCCAACUCUGCCAUCUCAGAGUGUUGUUUACAUAUCGUCGAUGCUGAACUGAAGAUUCUUCUUGCAAAAGAUGAAAAGGAAAUACACAACAAUCUUGACGAUAUAAUUUUGUAUUUUAUCAUUUGAGUGAACAUUUUGUUUUAUCACCUUCUGUCUCAUCGCAGGACAUUUAUAACUAAACAUUUUUUGUUUUUUAUUCUGAAACAAUGAUUUCCUCUUUUUGAACAUGUUUAUGUUUGAAUGCCAUGGGAAAAUGUUCAAUCUUCAAUAUUAUCAGUGUCAGGAACAUGCGGUGAACCAACACCAAACUCAUUAAGGUAUUCAUCUCAUCUGAAUAUUACACAUCAAUCCCAACAACUGAACUGAUAUAGGUUUAGCCUUAAACCAACAUUGCAGUCUGUCAAUCCUUCUUUAAAUGUCAGUCUUUGUGCAGAAAAAUCUAAGAACAUAAGUGAACGACAAACAUGAGCUUGCUUUUAUUUUGGUGAUGUAUAGACUUGUGAUUGAUGUGAAUCGCUAUAUCUUUGCUUAAACUCUGGAAUAUUAAACUGUUUAAAUAUGAGCUUAGUUUGCAAUCUUUUAACAAUUCAAGUUGUUCUCAACUGGCUCAAUAUUAAGUAUGAUUACUGGGAAUUUUUAUUGACCGUUUAUGUUAAGGGCAAAAUGGUAUCCUAUGUUUUAUAAUAUGCGUUUGUGUCUACAUCAUCGUAAUGUGACCGAAUUCUCAAUGAUUGAUCUAUAGUUUACAUUCUUUCUUUCACUUGUAUCACUCAAAGCCAUUGUAUGACAUAUGGAACACUGUCUAAAAGUCUAAUCAUGAUAUUUUCAUAAGGAUGAUUAUAAUUAUGUGAAUUUUAUUGGUUCUAUAUUUUUGGGGGGAACUAUUGACCUUUUCAUGUAUAGCGAAUGGUUCUGUUUCUUUAGUGUAGCAUCUCCUCUCUCCCCAACCCUGUGUCCAUGCAUAAGAACCUAUGGAAGACAAAAUAGCCUUUUACCACUGACACCUGGGUGUUAGUUACUCUACUUGACAAGUUGCAACACACAACGUUUUAUACUGAGAAGGGAGACGGUCAUAUGGGAUCACAUUGUUCUGGUUAGUUUUUCCUAGUUGGUAGAUAUUUUCAUAAAUUGGUGUUGCUGAUGGAAAUGUAAGGGAGUUAGAUAUGCAGUAAAAUUGAAUCAGGGUCAACCUAGAAUUUUGGGAUUAAAGGCACUGUGUAGGUUUGCCAUUAGGAUGUCCACUGUGGUGUUAAGAACCAUUACUUCCCCCAUUUAUUCCUACAGGAAUGGUGAGACAACAUUUUUUUUAAAGUUACGUUGAACUGUACUAUGGGACAAAGUGUAUAUUGUUGCCAUGAUGAGAAAGGACUGAUAGAUGUUUAAGAAAUAUCAAAUAAAAUGUGAUUUCUGCCAAAUC